CGCCGCUUCUUAACGGGCGCGUCGCGGGCGCGGCGGGAGCGCUGAGCGCCGGCGGGGCCGCUGCCACUGUCACACCGGGACACUGUCGCGACAUGAGCGAGAGACAAGGAACCGGGGCUACAAAUGGGAAAGACAAGACGUCUGGUGAGAAUGAUGGGCAAAAGAAGGUCCAAGAGGAGUUUGACAUAGACAUGGACGCGCCAGAGACAGAGCGGGCGGCCGUGGCGAUACAGUCCCAGUUCAGAAAAUUCCAGAAGAAAAAAGCUGGCUCCCAGUCCUAGUAGCUACCUCACAGCUCAAAACAAAGUAAUCCUGAGAUGAUUUAUCAAGAUCAGAAAUAACACAAAGAUGCAUGUACAGAAAUUACCAAUAUUUAAAACCCCAUUGGCAGAUAACAACCCAUGAGCUUGUGUGCGACUUCAUCCCAGAUGUUUCACGCCCAUUAUCCUCUGUAACUCACCAUUUUACUUGAUGUUGUAAUAAAAAGUUAGGGUGAAGUAAUUAAAGUGUCUGCCUUCAUCUGUCUUUCCAUAUUAAUCCAGCAAGUGCAGCGUUACAAAUGAACCCAGCCCAGAUGCCUGUUUCCCUCUCCACCUAAAGCUCAGAGUCGUAACAGCACCGUAUGUUGCAGGGAUUUUUGCUGAGGGAUGAGAUAGAUGCAUCUCAGCCCUGCUUCCCUCAUUUGGAGACUUCCAGCUGCCAGCAAAAUGUGAAAAUAAAAUGACUUUCUUGUAAUGAGUUGAAAGUAAAUAAAAAAGAAAAGAGAAAAGUUGCAGACAGAAGCUGGCAUGAGGGGUGUAGGAAGCAGGGAGCAGUUUAUUUUUGUCUUGCAAGUGUGUCAAUGAAGUGGUUUGAGUGGGGAAAUUGUGCCUGUCCUUCCUCUUUGCAUGAUAACAUUCAGAGAUCUUGGACCACGUUGACUGUUAUGGAAAGAAAAUAAUAAACCAGACACAAAAUACCUUUGGAAAUUUGGGUUUGAUUUUUGUCUGUAAAAAUAGAAACUGACCGUCUAAACUCUAUUUCCUCAUGUUGGUUUUUCAGUCUCUACAUAAUCAACAACUGUUUCUGUGCCAUCUCUCUCUUUCCAUAUUAUUUUCAGUGUUUGAGGAGUAAAUCAUACCAGGCUUCCUGUGUCCAUUUGCACUGUUCUGUAUUCAGCUUUGAGCCCCUUUAUUGGUGAGUUAGCCCAGGUUUGGAUCACAAAAAUCAGCUACAAUGUGUCUGAAGUGGGGAGGUGAGUGGUGACAGCUUGCCAGCCUUGCACCCCUUCAGGGGCACAGAUCCAGGGGUCAUUCCCAGCUCUGCCCAGGGGAUUCUUCCCUUCCUCUCCCACCUUCCACAGGAGUGUUUGAUCACCAGGGCAAUGGGAUAAAUGCAUCAUUAAUCACAUUUAAACAGAAAUCCAGAGCAGGGGCAGGGACAGAGGGAAGGAGGGGCCUCCUGGCUUUCCCAAGGAGCCCAUCAGGGCAGCAGUGCUGGAGAGAUGCAGAGCUGGGGGAUUCCAAAGGAAAAGGGAAAACCUUCUACAGGUUCAGGCACUUGUGGUGCUGGGCAUCAUUUUGGAGGUGGUGCAAAAAGUUCUGGCCCUGUGCUGGCUACAGGGAGCCCUCAGGGAAUGCUGAGCAGGAGAAAUCCUGUGGGCAGAGAAGAAAGCAUGUGCAAACAUCAUUUGUGAGCUGCUUGAGGCUGGGCAGGAAGGCACAGAGAAUUAAUUUUUGGGGGGAACAGCCAGACCCUGCCUGUGGCGUCUAUGUCAGGUCCUAGGCAUGACUUUCCCACUCAUCACCUGCAAAGUCAGCUCAGUGCUUUCAUUAUUUAUUUUUCUAUCUGCACUGUUCCCUCUGCAUUUCAGGAUUUCACAAAUAAACCUCAAAUAACAGUGCUGCUGUGCUCAGAGUGUGGUUUGUGGAGGCCCCAGUUCCCCCACUUGUCUUUCACAACAACUGCUCACCAUAUAAUGAUAGCCUAAGCAUAAUAAUCUAAAAAUUGUAAUGGCUUUGGAUUGUUUUGGUGCCAUUUUGUUUAGAUGAACAUAUAUUUGUAACAAAAGACUGCAUUUGUGUUCUGCAUUAUGUCAUUUGAAACAGCAUGAGCUCUGUAAUGGCUACUUAAUUGAAUAAAAACUAUGGGUAAGCACUAGGCUUUUA